ACGAGCAAGUAGGUGCGCGUGAGCGUGUUGCUGGGGACGUCCAGGAUGUUGUCGAACUUGAGGCAAGGCAAGAGAGACGCGUAGCAUGCAGGGCUGGCGCGUGCAAGACGCGGCAAUGGUCGAGAUGGCCGUUCGAGAAGAGCACGACCUGCGCCGAGCGCCUCAGUUCACGCGGUGGACUCGGACUCGCGAGCAACAUUCUGGACGCCGUCGUGAGUGCCGCUGCUCACGGGGCUUUGCCCGCACGCUGUCGAAAGGCAGACGAGAGUUCUCGACGUGCCAACUCAAUCAGUGCGUCGGCGGUCGGUCUGCCCGGACGAUGCUCGUGUCGCGCAAUGUACGAAACGGUGCGGCUCGCUAUUGCGCUGCACCGCGUCCUUUCUCUUUGUGUAUGGUUUAUGUACAGUUUGUAAUCUAUGUGGCUUCUCGACGGACCCGCCUGCCCUCUGCACACCGCCGGCUCGCGACCAUCGACGCGUCUCGCAGACGCGGUCGUUCGUAUUGGCUGUUCGCGCAUCAGCAUGCACACGACCCGCGACAAAGUCAACUUGCGCGUAUCGCGGCGAGGGAACACUGCUGCUCCGUCGCGCAGAUUGCGGCGCGAGACUUGAUCAGUGACCGGGAAUGGGUGGCAUGCAACAAGUCAGAUGCGAGCGCGGCUGCUGAACAAACCUGCCAGGUCCAGCUCCAUAGGCGACGCGAGCGCGAGGCUGGUCGAUCAGCGAGGCCUCCACUUCCAAUAGCUCGCUGAGUUGCCGCUGCGAUGCGCAUAGCGUGCUCUCGCUCGAGGGGUAAUCUGUCGUCCGCGUCGAGGCUGGGGACGCGCGGGCGGGAUGGUGGAGGAGUGCAAGCCCACGGCCCCAGCCCGAGGAC